AUGUUUAGCAAAACACGUUUCCUGGACAAGCACCUGGGUGCUCGUGGGAAGUUCACGCUGGCACUGACAGGAGCAGAAACUACGCGGAAGCGCUCUCAACUCGCCUGCCAAAGUUUAGGUGGAUUACAAGAAGAACUUGAAGCACCACGCGGCGCGUUCACUGGAGACUUUCUAUAUACAUACACCCAAGACCGCAGCACUGUCCCACGACUUGAAAGCAGUCCCCUACCUGGGGUCGAUGUUGCGAUACUGGACACUGUCCUUGCGGAGGUAAAUGGCCUUGUUGCAACUGGGCCAGCCGCAGCAUUCGCCGAGCCGACCCAGGCGAUCUCUGAUUUUGUACUCGUACUUUACACGGUCCAAGCAGUCUGCGCACCAGUUGUCGGCAUUCCUUAUACGGCAGACGCAUUCGCAGUCUAUGGUGUAGGUGCUCUGCGUGCAAUCCUUCUUUCUGUUGUACGUAAUGCACCACGGGUGCUCAACCGAGACGCCGACGUCCUCGUGCAGCUCCGGGACGAGCCUGCCGGCAAUGGUCAGCGAUUGCCAUCGGUUGCCGUUGCUGACGCGCCGGCAGACGGAGGGAUCGACGCCGUGCUUGCUGAUGACGGCCUGGGCCCGGUCGCAGUUGAGCUCGGUGAACCACUGGUCGGUGGUCCUGACCUUGCACAUGCGCCCGAUGCCCUCGAGCUCGGACGAGUAGACGCAGUCGACGCCGUGCUCGAACCGAGACAUGAGCGCCUUGCCCUGGGCGGAGUCGAGGCUGAGGCUCGGCUCGUAGGCCUGGUACCACUUGACGAUGGUGUCGUAGCCCGUGUGCAGGUCCCAUCCCGUGCCGCCCCAGGCGCUCUUGGAGCAGAGCAUGGCGGCGACGCACCGGUCCUGCUCCGCCUUGUCGGCCUGGCCCUCGCCGCACGAGAGCGGCUUGCAGGCGGUGGUUUCUUGCAGCUCCGCGCAGAUGACGUACGGAGGCUCGAUCGGCGAGAUGCCGCUGCCGGUCCUGAUGCUGCUGAGGAACCGCUCCUGUAUGUUGGCCGAGGGGAAGGGCACCCUGUCGCAGAUCUCGUUGUCGCCCGGCAUGAAGAUGGUGCCGUCCCAUCGGUCGGACUGGUUGACGUUUCUGCAGUUGGGAUCCCCCGAGCACUGCCCGUUGAGGAUGUAGCACGAGGCCACGAGCUGCGUCAGGUGAGAAACCCCGAGGCUGGCGCAGGGGUUGCCGCGCGAUCUGCCCCCGCGGCUCAUCUCGCCGUGGAUGCCGAUGGCCAGCUCUACGGCGAAGCCGACCGCCUCGACGAACACGCCGAAAAACCGGGGCUCGACCGUCGAGUUCAUCCUGAAUCUGAAUCUGAAUCUGAGUCCCUGGGGGUAGCGGUGCACUUGUGCUGCGGUGGGUGGGACGGGGAGAAAUAA